UGUCUUUGUCAACUGAACGCAUUAUUUGGCUGUUACUGCUGACAAACACUCCUGCCUCCCCUGAGUCAUUAUCUUCCUCCAGAUCUGCGUUACCAGUGUCAACAAUACAAGAGACUUCGUACCCAGGUGUUGCCAUAGUUGUUCAGCAAGCAGAAAGAUUCAACCGCUCUGCUAAAAUGAAUUCAUCGGAAAACGGGACCUGUCAACUCAAGCACACUGAAAUUGUAAACGUCUUCCUGAUGACUUUCCUGAUAGUUGAAACACUCGUGGGCCUGCCAGGAAGUAUCCUGGCCCUAUGGAUUUUCUGUCGCCGUAUAAAGUACUGGAAAUCCCACGUUACAUUCCUCUUCAACCUUUGUCUGGCCGACUUCCUGCUCUUUCUCAGCGUGCCCUUCCGCAUCGACACCCAUUGGCGAGGCGACAACUGGCAGUUCGGACCAGUCUGGUGCCGCAUCAACCAGUACAUGCUGUCAGUCAAUCGAUCUGCCAGUAUUGCUUUCAUGACAGCCGUCGUACUAGACCGUUACUUCAAGGUGGUUCAUCCGCAUCACUCCAUCAGCCGACUGAACUCAACCUGGGCGUACAAGCUUUCAGCUCUUAUAUGGCUCGGUGUGAUUUUGUAUCGGCUGCCGCUGUUAACCAUCAACCUUCUCCACAAGGACAAGAAAAACAACAAAGCGCUGUGUCGUAGCUUCAACAACUAUAAAGUAAUCCCUCUGCCAUUAAAGGUGCACUAUGUUUCUUACAUUUUGGAGUUCUUCUUGCCAUUUUCUUUGCUGCUCUUCUGCUCAGUCAGGAUUGCCUGCCAAGUACGAAAGCUGAAAAUGCACAGAGAGAGAGUACGACGGGCCAUCCGAGCGGUUAUGGUCAUCACUAUGGUGUUUACCCUCUGCUUCAUGCCAGGUGUCUUCACAGGCCUGGUGGGUCUGUACAUAAAGGCGUACCGGCCAGAAGCAUGUGAAACCUACAGAAUAUGGAUUAAUCUCUUCAUGGUGUUUGUUGGCUUCACCUACCUCAACAGUGCUUUGGAUCCUGUCAUCUAUUUUUUUUCCAGCUCUGUCUUUCAUGACACUCUCAAGAACUUUCUCAAGUGCAAGAGAGACAGCAGAGCAACCAGUGACCUAUAACUCUUGGCUGGUAUGCCCAAGGUUUUAGUAGACUGAAAAAAGCUGAAGUGUUUUUUCAAUGCAACGGAUGAAAACACAGAUCACAUUUUUUCUCUCACUAACGCUCAAUAAAUCAGACCAAACUUCUUUUUGGUCAAUUAGGAUUACCAAAAUUAUUUGAUUUGCUUUAUGUCCGAAUAAUGACUGAAAGAACAUUUCAGAUAAUUUUCCUUUUCAGAAAUUUCUUUGGAAGUCUAUGACUUCUGACCUGUAUGACUUGUGUCACAUGUUUUGGGUACCUUUCUACAAUCUUUGUACGGUAGUUUGUUGCAAUUUAUGACCGUUCCUCUGCUUUACCUGAGACAGGUUUGCAGUCUCAAUGCAGGUUUGCAUUGCUUGCAAACACCCUUUUAGGUUUGCUAACAAUUUUUAACAAGCUUUAACUUCCUAAAUGUCAUCAGAUGUUGCUUCAGACAUUCCAUAUAAUAUUAUGGUGCACCAGUUUCUCCUGCAGAAAAAAACAUCUCCACAACUUGAUACUGUCACCCUCUUAUUUCACUGUUGGGAGGACGUUUUCAGGCCUUCAAGCUUCCAUUUGUUUGCAAUAAAUUUAUAGACGGUCAUUAUUGACAAGAAAUUUUAUUUUAGAUUUAUCAAAUGACAAGGAGAGUCUCCAAAAAUGAAAGGUCUUUGUCCCUUAGUGCAUUUCCAAAUUCUAAUUUGGAUUUUAUUUUGCUUUUGGACUGAUGGCUUCUUCCUCCCUGAAUGGCCUUUCAGACCAUGCUGGUGCAACACUUGCUUCACUGCGAUUAAUGACACUCUAGUGCAUGCUUCAGCCAGCCCCUUCACAGGGACUCUUGCUUUUGUUCUUGUGUUUAAAAGUGUGUUUUACACCAAAACACAUCCAUCUCUGGGCCAGUCUAUUUUCUAAUGCAAAAGUCAUGAGAUAUAGAAUUAUAGAAAUGUAGUAUUUUUCAUUCCCUAGUUUCCUGGGGAAUAAAAGCCUAUAUGUUCAGAGUAAUUGUUACAGAAACCAUGCUAACAUUGUUUUCAGUGUAACCAUGGAGUACUAUGGAAAUAACUGUCUAAUGCAAACAUGAUUGUAGUUUAAAGCCGCAGCCCUCAAACUGGGGUCCCAGACCCCCGGGGGUCCGCAAGCCACAGGUUGGGGGUCCGUGAAAUGCAUGUUGUCGGGUCUGAGGAGGCACUGCUGAGGAUGCGUCGAGGUUGAGCUACAUAACAUAUUGGACAAAUAUUUAACGCCAUCCACUUCAUCAAGUAAGCCAAAUCAGCUAAAAUUAGGAAGUAUGACAACAUCGAGUUUGGCUUUAUUGAGAAUGAGAAUCUAAUCUCCACCAAAUCUCUAAUAUUAGGUGUAUUUGUAAAUAUUUUUAAGAAGAUACAUAAUUCCUAAUGCAUUUAACAGUACAAAAGGCUGUUUAAGAAAUACUAUCAGCAUGAGGAAUCUAAAGCGGUCUUUGGAAAAAUGUUACCUCUGCUAAGGGGUUCCUGGCUGCAAAAAGUUUGAAAACCCCUAGUUUAAAGAACUAUAAAAAGUCACAUGAAAUGCUAUGAAUGUUUAAUUUUUAAUUUUAAUUUUAUUUUAUUUGAGAGAGUUUUCUAAGAUGGUUAAAUAUUAUGGUAGGGUGCUCCAAACCUGGCUAGCUAUUUUCUAACAGACUAAUCUUUCUCUACCCAGUAUUUUAAAGGGGUCUAGCACAGGUGACAUAUAAACUACUCAUUACAUCUCCACAUAAAAUCUUACUGUAAAAAAAGAGAAAAUCCCACAAACAUGAAUGGAAAAGCAAAGCUACAUGCUAGCUUUUCCUUGGCUAAUGAUAUAUAUAAUUUUUUCUGUUGCUCCUCUUUGUUAUUCUUCUGUUUGUUGAAUAGUUUUAUUGUAUUGUUUGACUGAAAUUCUGGGAGAUUUAGUUUGGAUAGUAAAAAAUGUCUAUGGCCUCAAGUAAAGAAAACAUGCAUUCUGAAAGCCUCACGUUACAGAAAAGCUCUCACAAAUGACUCAACUAAACAUUUAGGGUUAAAACAGUUAACAGUAUCAACUGAUGCAUAUUUUAACUGAUAUAUUUUAUCUUCUCUUGAAACUUGAAUUAAUCUCCGUCCAGGGUAGAAAAUAAUACUAGUUCCAACAAAUGCAGUCCAUGCUGAACCAGAAGGUAGCGCUAUAAGCAAAAGUUCAUUAAAAUAUUACUUGAAAAAUAAAUAAAUAAUCGAUUGUCCUUAAAUAGGACUGAAUAUAAGCAUAAGUGAGCAGGGAGAACAUGCAAACUUCACAAAUAAUGGCCAUUACCUUCCUUCAACCAGGGAGCUAACAGUUGUAACAAGUGGAGCCCUACAGUAGUUCGGGUCCCCCAGUAGCUAAAGAUUAAGCAUUGAAAAAACAUACAUUCAGACUUUAACAUUACUAAUAAGAUAGCCACCAGCUGCCCUGUUAUCUUUUACAGAUCUAUGUGGACAAUGAAUGGAUGGACGGAUGGUUGGCACUUAAAAUUUGAUGUAUUUGUUAGUUGCUGUGUUGUACAUGUUCAUGGUUUUGUCAGUUGGGAUAACCUUCUAAGACAAAGAUAAUGUAAUGACACCUUCAAUGGAUCCUUAUGGAGAUAAAUAUACUAUGCUGUUUUUUAUAGCAGAAAUAAAAGGACUUUGUUUGCACUUACUUGGCUUAUAGCAGUUACUUUUAUUCACUGCUUAGUAUUCGCUUACAACUGUGUUAGGUUAAAUCCAAUGCAUUUUACAUUGAGUAAAACUUUUGAAAAGCCAGGGGCAUUCUGGGAUGCCUCGUAGCUGAGCAGACACACCUGACCUAAGCUCUCUAACUUAUCCUAGGGGUGGCCGAUAUGAAGAAAAUCUAAUAUCUUGAUAUCUUUGGGCUAUAUCACGCUAUA